AAUUUGUCAGUCAUGUCUAUAAACCUUAGAGAUUUAUUUUCUAAAAAUGAUAAGAAUAUAACAUUAAAAAUUAUAAACUCACAAAAAUCUGCAUGUAAAGUUCAUUUGAAUCUUUGUGAUAAUCUAUUAAAAGUUCGUCAAUACCUCGAAAAUCAUGAUAUUAUCGACGAUACAUUUUCGUUUGUAAGGAAUUAUUCUGAAAAUAAUGAUAGUAUGAUUGAAUUUUCCGAGAUACCUGUUAAAUUUGAAGAAAAUUUUCGCUUACAUCAAAUUGUGCGUAAAACUGAAGAUGCUCAUAUUUUAUAUAUUACAUGUUCAAAAAUUUGGAAGUUUAUAAACGAUUUACGUAAAUUAGAUUAUGGGUGUACCAUGACUUCCAACGGAAUUAAGAAAGCUAGUAAAAGAGCAUUUGAAGCGAAAAAUUGUAAAUUGGAAAUUGAUAGUGGAACAUGCGAAGAGGGAAAAUUUAAAUCUGAGUCAAGUGAGGAUUUGAUGAUGGAUAAAAAUUUAUUUUUUGAUGCUGAUAUUAAUGUGGAGCAUUUUGUAAAGUUGGGAAUAGGAAUGUCAAUAGGAGCAUCAAAAAAUAAAGAAUCUCAUGUUGAAACCAAUUACUCUUAUCGUUUUACGAAGUAUGGCAAAGCGUCAUUGAAACUUGAGCAUUUAGAAGCAACUCCGGAAUUUAUUAAAGUAGUAGAAAAUGCCAUAGAAUCUGAAGAUCCUGAAGAAUUUAAGCAAAUUAUUGAAGAUUACGGUCAAUUUAUACCAACUGAAGUUAUUUUAGGUGGAAGAGUUCAUUAUGAUGAUUUUGCAGAGUCGGUUAAACACACUGCAGGAAAUUCUAAUAAAAUUAUCGGAAAGAUGAAUAUACAAAUCCUGAAAGCAAAAAUAGGAAAAGCUUCUACUACUUCACAAGGAAGGUCAAACAGUUGUAGCUACAAAUAUACCAAAGUAAUUGGAGGGAAACAACCCGAGAAUAUUGGAAAUCUAAAUAGAGGGGAUUGGGUUAGUUCUUUAGAUAAUUAUGAAUAUUGGGAUUGCAUAGAGUUUCGCAAUCCGAUUAGUAUUUUUCAGUUUUUACCUGAAGAUUUACAUGAACGAAUCAUUAAGUCUUUUGGAGUGAAGAUUCAUUAUUUAACUACUGAAAAUCAUAAUUGUGUUUUUGAAGAAUUUAGAAAGCCAAUACAAUUGAGUUUGAACUUACCAAAUAAAAUCGCAAAAAUUAUUAAAAACAAAGAUAUAGAUUCUAAAAUUUUUGCAACCGUUACGGAUAUAUCGAAAUCAAAGAAUGACUUUUUUACUUGUCAAGUCCUUUGUCCAUCAGAUGGAAAACUACCGAGUCUUAUAAUUCAUCGUGUACAAAACUCGUUUGAAAUCUUUAAAAGGCGUGAAUGCAAAUUAAAAAUUGGGUGGAUGAUAAUCGGAUACUAUAGAGAUUUCAAUUUUGAUUAUAAUACUCGACUAGACAUCCUGCAUUAUGAUUAUGAUUCUAAUGCACCAGAUACAGAUAAUCUAAUCGAAUAUGAUUCAAAAGUCCCAAUUUGUUUAGGAAUUCCUGUGGUACGUGAAUAUCCUAAUAACGAAUCUCUUGUUAUCGGAUAUUAUUACAGACAACAUGAGAAUAAUAAAAUUAAGGCAUGUACUUUCGCUUAUUGUUUAAAAGAUAAGUGCCUUGUAAAAUUGCCUAAUUUUACAUUUUACAUACUUAAAAUUACAAAAUAUCAUAACCAUGGUGCUUGUGAUAUAAUUACGCUUAGAGAAAAAGAAUAUAGUAAUUUUAAUACUGAAUCUCCAAAAUUUGUUAGCAUAUAUUCUGCAGAACAAACUGAUUGUGUUUUUUUGAAACAAAGAAAUGGGCAAGUUAAAAUUAAAAAAAUUGGUAACGACAAUACAGCAAUAUUAUCGGUUAAGUGUGCAAUCUUUGAUCCAUAUACCAG